AUGGCUUCUCCCCCUGCUUCUCCUGAGCCAGCAGAAACUGCAAAUCAACUGAAAGUUACUGAUCUUGCUGAUGUACUUCAAUUACUCAGUAGACAUGAUUUUUCAGGAGUCAAUUACUAUACUCUUGGUCUUUAUCUUGGUCUAUCUCCUGCUACACUCGCAAUUAUUACAAGGGAUAAUAAAGGAGAUACUAAGAGCUGUCUGCGUGAAUGUCUUACCAAAUGGUUACAGAAAGAUGAUGGUGUACAGAAGAAAGGUGGUCCUACUAUCUCUUCAUUAGUAUCAGCAUUGAGGGAAUUAGGAGAGAAUGCAGUAGCUGAUGGAAUAGAUAUGGAGAAGCAUCCUGCUUGUAAAAUUCUUGCUGAUCAUGCAUGUACUUCAAAUAAAUUUCUCAUUGCUGCAUUACCUCAGUUGACUGCAUUGUUGCAUUCAGAGGAGCUAAUAAAAGAGAUAGCACAUACUGAAAAAGAUGGAGAAACGCUAAUGAUUGAAAUUCUAAAAGCUGUUUGUCUUGAUUUUAAAAAGCUAGAGAAGUUUGCUGCAAUAUUAAUUAAAAAGAAAGCAACAAUGGAGAUAGGAAAUGCCAUCGAGAGAGAAUACAGAAAAGUUUAUUAUCAUCAUAAAGGUAAUGAUGAUCUUGCUAAAGAUAAAAUUCAUCUUCCACCAUCUUUAACUUCAAAGUUCAAGUCAAUGCAAGUGCAGCUUGGUUCCACAUUUGAUCGAGUUGAAUUGAUCAUUAAAGAAUGUCCUCCUUCGACACUUAAAAAAAUUAAGAAUAUAUUAAUCUAUUGCAGUGAAGAUUUGAAGCCACAAGUAGCUCAGUGUGACAAUAUUCACGACAUUUUAAAAUUGGUUAGGAAAGAUUGUUCGCUAGAUGACAUAGAAAUGCUGAAAGCUAUUGUUAAUGAGCUCAAUAUAGAAAGUGCCAAGGUAGUUAUUCAGGAAUAUAGCGAUGCUUUAGAGAAGUUUAGCGAAACAGAACUUAGUAAGUGCCUGAACGAAAAGUUUUCAUAUGCUUCACCACUUCAAUGUGAAAGGAUCACCAUUGUUGUUGAUCAAAAUACCGAUGAUUGCACACUGCAUGAUAUCAGGAGACUAGCAGCUAAUACUUUUCAUAAAUUAUCACCACAAAAUAGCAGAAGUGUCAAGUUAAAUGUCAUUAGAGAUGACAAUUCCUUCACUAUUACCUAUUCAUUCCCUUUGAUUCUAUCAGAGCAGUUAAUUGUAGCUGCUCGUAAUAAUAUUGAUGUAUUGAAAAAAAACAAAGUGAAGAGAUUAACCAUUGGAUACUGCACUGUGUAUGAGGCAACAGAAACAGUUGACACCCCUACUCUAUCCUAUGAAAAGCAAUUGCUAUCAAUUAGUAGUGGUUUAUCAAAGCAAUUGAUACUGUCAUUGAGUGUACAAUUGAUUAAUAGUACAGAGGAGGUUACUACUUUAAAUGAGGAAUUAAAAAAUAAAAUGCAGAGUGUCAAAACAAUGGAAAAUGAAAUUUCAAAGCAAAAGUCAGAUGAGACUGGGCAGUUGCUGCACCAAAAAGUAACAGAAAGUGAAACAGAUGAUGCAUCAAAUCUAGCAAAAAAUUUACUAACAACUGAAUCCAGUCAGUUUACACAAGAAGCUUUUGGUACUAGUUUUGAAUCAGCAACAACUAAAGUGCAUUUGGAACAUGAAGCACUAUGGUGCAAUGGACUC